AUGUUUCACAAACGAGUCACCGUGGUCGUUCCAGAAGACCUCAAGCACGGGAAUGGACGAGUUUUAGAGAUAUUUGCCAUACAUUUCAGUAAUAAAAUAGUGAUUCAAAUGGCCUGGAAUGGUGAAAUGGACAGUACUUACGAAGUGAUCAGCAAGGGACUUGCUGAGACGGAAACAGGUCCAAAUACGCUGGAAUUCAGCGACGAAGACGACGUUUAUGGUCCAGAUAAAUUGGCCAAUUUUCAAGUAGUAACGCUUCUUGGAGACGCCAACGACAUGAAAACACCUAUAGUGUGUACUCAAAUUGCAGAGUUGUACCAAAAAGUCGUUUUCCCAGCUCAAAUCGAUGGACUUGGUGGCAAUGAGCGUGAUUCCCGGUUUGUCAUCAGUUUGAGUCGGAAAUUGUGGCAAAAUAAUGAGUCAAACGCGGACUUUGGACUGUUAGUAUUCGUGCUACAAAGUAUACGUAAAAUGUAUGGAAUUUGA